GCAGUGUGAUGUUGCUUUGUGUCAGCAUUGACUGCAGUAUCGACAUGACCUAUAUCCUGCUAAUUAUAUAAUAAAGGCUCUUUCAUUAAGGGAGGACAUGAACAGGAGCGAUGGUUUGCAAGAUGCAGUUCGUUUUAAAUCUGAAGUAAAGCGCGACCGAGCAGCUGCUGAACGGUCUCCAGACUAAUCGAUAGGCCAGUGUAUUAUUUUCUCAUAUCGACCAUGAUGAGUGAAAGUGGAGCGGCUGCUCUGGAAGUCUUUUUUGGCGUGAACAUGUAACGAACGAGCGGUGACUGUACCGGGGACUCGCGCAUGCGCAGUCGGAGCCCCGGAGCCGCAGGAGAUCAGAGCUGCGCUCCGGAGUAAGGGACAGGGACACACCGUGAUGAGUGCCAAAGUGAACAUGGAGGCUCCACCCAAAGAACCUGAUCGCACACCUGUGGACCCAUCGUCCUCGUCCCCCGGCGAGGCCGUCCUCAUCUGUGGGAGUGACGGUGUGGCCAAGAAGGCUCGUCCACAGCCCCACACCACCACCACCACCACCACCACAGCUUUCCUCCUGCCAGCUCCUGCUCCAGGCCAUCAGAAGAUAGAGGUGACUCCAGCUGUUGCCAUGGGGGACCCAGGUAAAGGAGGCAGGAUCAAUGAGACGACCACGCCCACUCUGACAGCACAGGUGGGCGGGGCCUGUAGCAUCGUCCACGUCCUGGAGUGGAAGGAGGGGAUGGCCAUCCUGCCCAGCAGCAACCUCAAGUUCUGUGUGAGUGACGUAGGAACACUGAGCACACUGAUCACCCCAGGGACCACCAGCAGCACCACUGAACCAGCAGCAGGGACUUCUGGGAGGUCCGCUGACGCAGAAAGUGCUCCAGCAGACAAGCCAGAUGUGCCGGCUCCUGCCGGCUCCGUGAGAGGAGCAGCCGUGGAGCCGGAAAGGUUGGUGCCAGUCAAACCUGAAAUCCAGGUUGCGGUGGGACAACAUAACCACGAUCCAAGAGCUCAGAGGACUUACACAGAGGAGCUACGCAGAGAGCCCAUCACUGAAAAGAGGAGUGUCGGGGUGGAGAAGGUGCCAGCAGGCGGGAGGAUCUCCUCCCUAAACCCCGAUCACCUGAAACCCAUGAGGAAGAGGAAGAGGAAGGAAUACCUGAGUCCCUCUGAGGAAGACUCUGACAUCGAAGGCACGGACGAGAAGAUGGAUGAUUCUAAAGCAGACAGCAGACACAUCAGAGGAGCUGGAGACAGUAAGACCGAGUCGUGGACGUGGGCUCAGUAUCUGGAGGAAUGCAAAGCUGUAGCUGCGCCCAACAAGCUUUUCCAAGAGGCACAGCGAGUGCCAACAGUGAAGAACGGCUUCAAACAGGGGAUGAAGCUGGAAGGCAUCGACCCGCAGCAUCCGUCCAUGUACUUCGUCCUCACUGUGGCCGAGGUCUGUGGUUACCGACUUCGGCUCCAUUUUGACGGCUACUCUGACUGCCACGACUUCUGGGUGAAUGCCAACUCCCCCGACAUCCACCCUCCAGGCUGGUGUGAGAGCACAGGGCACAAACUGCACACUCCCAAAGGCUGUAAAGAGGAAGAGUUUACCUGGACCAACUACCUGAGAAUGACUAAAGCACAAGUGGCAUCCAAAGAACUCUUUGCCAGUCCUGGGAGGACCGAUGUGAAGUGCGGCUUCGAGACAGGAAUGAAGCUGGAGGCCGUCGACCGUAUGAACCCCUCCCUCAUCUGUGUAGCGACUGUCACUGACGUGGUGGACGACCGUUUCCUGGUUCAUUUUGACAACUGGGAUGACACAUACGACUACUGGUGCGAUUCCAGCAGUCCGUACAUUCACCCUAUUGGCUGGUGCCAGGAGAGGAACCUCCCACUAACACCACCCCAAGAUUAUCCAGACCAGGGCCGGUUCUCCUGGUCUCACUACCUGGAGGAGACCGGUGCCAAGGCAGUUCCUGCUGACGCCUUCAAAGUGCGUGCGGCCCACAACUUCCAGCCUCAGAUGAAACUGGAGGCCGUGGACAAGAGGAGUCCAGGUCUGAUCAGAGUGGCUACAGUGGAGGAGGUCGACACUCAUCGCAUCAAGGUCCAUUACGAUGGCUGGAGUCAUGUCUACGAUGAGUGGAUGGACUCGGACCACCCCGACAUCCACCCAGCGGGCUGGUGUGAGGCGACCAAUCACCCGCUCAAAGUUGCACCGCGGGACGCCAAAACACAUCAGCCACACGGUGUGAGGGAGCCUCCCGCUACAGGCCAGACCACCUACCCCUCCUCCGUUCCCUGUAAACCCAUCAGCCACCCCAGAGCCAACAAGUACAGCUUCCACAACAGGAAAUGUCCAACUCCUGGGUGUGAUGGUUCAGGUCAUGUGACCGGUCGUUUCACUGCUCAUCACUGCAUAUCCGGCUGCCCGUUGGCUGAGCGUAACCAGGGCAGGCUGAAGACCGAGCUGUCAGACUCAGAGGGCAAGAGGAACCUCUUCUUUGGCCAGAGGACCAAGAAGACCCAUUACCGUGGCAGGAUUGGCCGUCCUCCCAAAUACAGGAAGAACCAGCAGAGAGACUACCAGAACAUGUCCUCGGAGGGUGUGUAUCCGUCACUGUUCAUGUCAGCUCUGAGCAGUCAGUCGGACCGGACUCUGUCUCUGUGCUGGGAGCAGCACUGUAAGCUGCUGCCUGGCGUUCAGGGCAUUCACGCCAGCCAGGUGGCAGCAUGGAAUGUCGAAGAAGUCUUCAGGUUUGUCCAGAAUCUAAUCGGCUGUGAGGACCAGGCUCGCGUCUUCAAAGAAGAGAUGAUUGACGGGGAGGCCUUCCUGCUGCUGACACAGACCGACAUUGUGAAGAUCAUGAGCAUCAAGCUCGGACCCGCCCUCAAAAUCUCCAACGCCAUCCUCAUGUUCAAGAGCACAGACGAGGGACUCAAGUGAUCCCACCCUCACUCACCGGGGGCGUUGUGCCUCCGAUCAUCAUGUGCCAAAAUCAUUCUGUCGCAGGGACAAAAGACCCUGACCCCUUUUUCAUGUGUUUGGUGUCCUGUACCCAUCAGAGAGAGGGAGGGCGGGGAGGGUGGGGUGGGAUAAAGAAAAGGUUGGAAGAAGAAGGGACAUGAGGAAAUACAGAUAGUUUUGGGGGAUUAAUGGAGGAAGAUUUAUAGAAGGAAGCUGAUGAAGAUGAGUGAAGGGAGUUUGGUGGUUUUUCACAGCUGAUGUGUUUGGUUCAGUAUCUGAGUUUGAUCGUAACCACACGUCUGCCAGACUAUCUUGUGUUUGGUUAAAACUGUGACAAAUUACAUAUCCAACCACCUGUUUUUAUACCUGAGUUUAUUAAAAUCCUGAGUGGAAACAGUAGAAACACAUUUCUACACUCGUGCGAUGUGAAGUACAGAUAAGGUGCACUGAAGGCUGACGGAGACAGAUUUCUUUGAAAAGACAAUCUGCUUCUGAUUCUUCUACGGGUAGGCGGUCAGAGAGGUCCUGGUAUUUAAUGUUGUCUUACUUCUUUUUCCAAACUCCACAUGACCUCAUUGACUAGCAGAUCUGAGCUUUGUGAACAAACCAAUCGGGUGAUGCAGCCAACUGGAUGGCUUUGCUAUUUGGACUUCAGGUGUCACAGCAACUUGGCUGAUCAGAAACGUGUGCCAAAAAAAGAACGAUCUUUAAUGUAAUAUUGUAUUUAAAUGAUGCAAAUGGACAAGUUCAAGUCUGGCUAUAGUCUACAGGACAUUUCAAAACUGAGAAAAAAGACUACAGUUUAGAUUGUGGAUUGUGAUUGCGAUUAAAUAGAUCUGGUUCUUUUUUCUUUUUUUUUUUGGCCAGGUCCACCUCCCUUUAGGUUCUUUCUCUACAGGUGGUGGGUUCAGUUUCAGCACCCACCACCUCGCAGAAGAGGUACAAAUUUGGAAAAAAGUUGGAAAAAAGGUGACCAAAUUUUCACAACCACUUGAAUCUGGACUAAACAGUUCAAAAGCCCCUGACAUGGCAUGAGAGAUCAACACAACAGGGUACAAUGCUGAAAUACUAGAUGUACCAAUAGGAAUAGAGGGGAAAUAUGAACUAAAGUAACUAAAAGGGAUGAAAUGAGGAGAAGGGAACAAUGGCCAAAAAGUAUUUAAGAGGAGUUAAAUGCAGUAGACAAGGCUGGUCGGUGAGGCUCCUACAAGCUUCACGUUUUGUGCAAUAAAACGGCUGUAAUUGGUAACACUUAAUAUUACAGCUCCUUUGUGUUAUCAGACUAAUUCUUACACGAAUAAAAAAUACAAUGAAAGUAAAUAAGCUACUUUGUUCGAACUGAUGUUAAAAGGUUCAGGUUUUUGACACAGAUAAAACAGAGGCAAAGCCUUUUUUUUUUUUUUUUUUUCAGUUUCACGAUGACUCUCAAGUAUUAGUCGUUUGUGUUUACUGCUACGGGAACCGUAGUUUAAACUGUCGUUACCCUCUCAUACAGGAUCUUAGUCAGAGAACAGAAACAACACAGUUUUAAGUUUUUGUAUCUAUAUGCAAGCUACCUUAAAUUAUUAUUUUUGCAACUCUUAAUGGUUGAAAAGGACAGUUUGCAUUGGUGUAUUAGCACAACUGUGAAACCCCUGAUGGAUUUUACACAAUGAUGUUCCAAUACUUGGUCACUAGAGAGUGCAAAAAUCCACAUUCAAGCACUAUAAACGUGGAUCUGGGAUCUGGUAGACGGCGCUCUCUGCAGUUUACAUGCGAUGGAAACUGUGUUCUUCGAAAUGUUUACAUUUUCUGUCAGGACUGGUGAAAAAGAUUCUGUAUGGAUUUGACAUUGUGAGAUGAAAGUUAUUUUAAUGGACUGUUUUAAGGGCUCUUGGAAUCUUAACUUCUUUGUGUGUCUCUCUGGUGGGAUUUGUGUGUGUGCGUGCGCGUGCGUGUGUGUGUGCGUUUCAAGAUAAUCUUGGGUCACAAAUGUCAUUCUAUCCAUAUGAAUUAAUAAACGUCCAAAGCUGUCUUGUCUGAUUGGA